CAUAUCAUGGAACAUCCAACUCCUAUCAGCACAAGCUCUGCCACGAGCUUAGUAGUUGGUUCAAAUCCGGAUAAUAAAACUGAUGGGGGGAAAUCUGAACAGCCUUCUGGAUCUAGUAGUGGUGAGAAAUCUCAGAAUGUCCAAGUGGGAGAUGAUGAUUCGAUUGAGGAGCCAAAAACGGGAAUGGAGUUUAAUUCCUUUGAAGAGCUAUUAAGUUAUUAUAAGGAAUAUGGUAAAAAAUGCGGCUUUGGUGUGAUGACAAAACGGACUGAGAGGGAAGAAGAUAACUCUGUUAGAUACGUCACUCUUUCGUGUGCCCGUGGUGGGAAGGCUCGGAAUAGGACAUUGAAUAUUGCUAAACCACGUCCGACAGGAAAGACGGAAUGUAAGGCAAAGAUUAAUGCCUUAAGGCAAGAUGGAGUGCUUCGGUUGACGACAGUACAUAAUAUCCAUAACCAUGGCCUCAGUCCAAAGAAAUCCCGCUUCUUUCGGUGUAAUAGAGAAGUAAGUGAUGCCGUAAAAAGGGUCCUAGAUACAAAUGAUCAGGCUGGCAUCCGAGCGAAUAAGAGUUACGGAUCUCUCGUUGUUGGCGCGGGUGGAUUCGAGAAUCUCCCAUUUUUGGAAAAGGAUUGUCGUAAUUAUAUAGACAAGGCAAGACAUCUACGACUUGGCGCCGGUGGUGCUGGAGCGCUCCGACAGUAUUUUUUGCUGAUGCAAUACAAAAAUCCUGGGUUCUUUUAUAUGAUGGAUAUAGAUGAUGACGGGAGGUUAAAGAACGUCUUUUGGGCAGAUCCCCGUAGUAUAGCAGCGUACCAAUAUUUUGGUGAUGUGGUCACAUUUGACACCACAUACCUAACGAAUCGAUAUGGGAUGCCUUUUGCACCAUUUGUUGGUGUAAACCACCAUGGACAAUCAAUUUUGUUGGGAGCAGGGUUGAUUUCUAGCGAGGAUAUCGAGACUUUUGCGUGGUUAUUCGAGACAUGGUUGCAAUGCAUGGAUGGUAACGCUCCGAAGGCUAUUAUCACUGAUCAGGAUAGAGCGAUGAAAAAUGCAAUCGCAAUUGUCUUUCCAAAUACCCGGCAUCGUUUUUGUCUUUGGCAUAUACUGAAGAAAGUUCCAGAAAAGCUUGGUUCAUAUGGUUCGUACAAAACGAGAAUGAAAAAUGCAUUGAUGAAAUGUGUAUAUGACAGCCAACAGCCAGAUGAGUUUGAGAAAUGUUGGGAUGAGUUGCUUACCACUUACAACUUGCAUGAGAAUGCGUGGUUGCAUAGCCUAUACGUUGAGCGUCAACAUUGGGUGCCGGCUUUUUUGAAGGCAUGUUUCUGGGCUGGAAUGAGUACCACGCAGCGAAGCGAGAGUAUGAAUGCAUUCUUUGACGGUUAUGUACAUUCUAGGACAAACUUAAAGGAGUUUGUCGACCAAUUUGAUAACGCAUUGAAGAAAAAGAUUGAGAAUGAAAAUCUCGCGGACUUUCAGUCAUUUAAUGUCACUAUCCCCUGCAUAUCUAGAUCUUCGAUUGAAAAGAGGUUCCAAGAGUUGUACACGAUUGCUAAGUUCAAAGAAGUUCAACAGCAAGUCAACGGUAUCAUUGACUUGAAUCCGAAGUUACAUAAUUCUGUUGGUGCCGUAAAGACAUAUAUGGUUGACGAUGAAGUUUGUUUGGAAGAUUUCACUAAGUUGGUUAAAUAUUUUGUGGACUUUAGUGAGAUUGAUGCAGUUGCAACGUGCUCUUGUAGAUUAUUUGAGAUGAGGGGAAUAUUGUGUCGGCACAUUUUGGCCGUGUUCAGGUGUAACGAUAUUAAAUAUUUGCCGGAAAUGUACAUUUUAGAUCGAUGGAGAAAGGAUAUUAAAAGGCGAUACACUUUACUUAAAAGUAGCUAUGACGAAGGGGAACAACGGCCAGAUUCUAAUAGAUAUUCAAGUCUGUUAAGUACCUGUUAUCAGAUGAUUACCCAUGCAGCGGGUUCGAGUAAGCAUACUGAGGAUGCGAGAGCUAAGUUACUCGCAAUGAUUGAGCUUUAUCGUGCGAAUGAAGAACCCCCAUCGAUGACUCAAGUUGGUUCCAAUGUUGAUAGUACGGCAAAUGCCACUACGGUCGGUGGUGCUGGGGAAGUACACAGUCCACGUGUGGUUAAAGGAAAAGGCAGACCUCCAUCUCUAAGAAGAGCAUCCAGGAUGGAGAUAGAAAUACGGAAAGCCAAAGCAAAGACAAAGAAAUCACCAGCAAAGGGGAAGUGUAAAGAUGUGCAUAUAUACACCUAUUAACUCCAAUUAGAAUUUCUUUUACCAACUCCUAUCAUAUUAAAAUAUUUUUUGAUGUCUCGACAUUUUUAGCGAGGAGGAGGAGACACCCACGUCACGGAAAGAGAAGAUACGCCAGCUGUGGAAGUAUGUCGGAAUUUGUUUGGCCCAUCUCUGAUGGAUGUGUCUAACAAGCAGCCAAUUGGAGAAAGCGAAAGCGGUGCACCAACCGUCAUUAUUGGAACUCAGCCUCAAGAAAUAAUGAUGCAGAGUCAGGAAAGCAUGCAAAUUGGCAUGGAUGGCUCACAACCUUUGCAAUGAUAGGUUUAUUGGUGUUUUAGAAAUCUCAGGAAUUUGUGGUAUUAUCUUAACUGUUGGGUUGUAUUGGGAAAGAAUUGUCAACUAUUGAGCUUUAUUGUGUGUAUUUCAUUUUCGGAAUUGUUGGGAAGAACUUGCACAAUUUGUAGGAUUGUUAAAAUAUACAGGUAUUUGGAUGGGUUUUAGGUUGUGAAAUUUGAUAAAAAUCCGGAUAUUGAGGUGCUGUAAUGCAUGUUACGUUCUUGAGGUGUUGGAACUAGAAAUCUCAGGUGUUGUGCCUUUGUGAGGUGCUGGAAUUCAUGAGGGGGAUACUGUGAAAUUACGCUUCUCAG